GGGAACGAUAAGAGGGGGAGGGCAUGUACUAUAUACCUGCGUGACCCCUGGCGCGCAGAUCCUCAGCACGUGCCGGGGCACUACAGAGAAAGACAUACGUCCCCCUUUCGGUCACCCUCCAUCAGCGACCCAGCGGUGUCUAUUUUCAACAUCCCUUUGUGUUCUCUAUGUCUCCUGCUGCCCACAUGCUGACCACGUCGAGGCCAUUACUUGCCGCUGGGGUGUCGACCCUGGUGGGCAUACCAUGGACUUCUUUGACCAUAAAUGGCGGUAGCGACCACCUUUGUCUCCCUCUCCUUCCUCUCCUCACGCUCAUUCCCUUUCUCGCGCUGUUCUUGAUCACCAGUUGCUCACGUUCGUUGACUGCCAAACAACCCGAUGACUACCAGCGCGACUACAGCCGGAAAUGGUCUGCACCAAAACCAUGCAUCUUUUCUCGAACGCUUCAAUGCCCGACAAGCACAAAAUCGAGCCGCAAAGCAGAAACCCACGCUCUCGGUGGAAGAGCACGCUGCGCACAGGGCACAGCUAGGCAAAGUCCGAUUCAUCAAGCCCAGAUACUCUGAGCAAACCGAGAUCAACGUUAGCGGCAUCUUCAAUAAAUGGAGACGGUACUGCGCUGACAUGAAAGUUGGCGAGUGGAAGGCGACGCUCGAGAACCUUGACCGCGGAACGACGCAGGACUUCCUCCUCUACAUCUGCGAGCGCUACAAAAUCACAUCAUGGGGCAGCGGACACGAGUACAUUCGCCAGUUCCAACAGCUUUAUACGACGAUAAAUGGCCAGUAUAUGGAUCGGAACGACACCAAGGAAGUGUACAAGUAUUAUCGCAGUGUACUCGUGCCCCGCUUCGGACACCGAGCGCCGAACAUCGAUGGUAAGCCGGUACUCAAUGUCGACAACCUACGAGUCAUCCUGACGUUCAAUAUCGGAUACGAUACAUCUGUCUUCCCUGGCGAACGUCACCGCAUCAACCUCGCUGGCUGCUAUCAGCUCCUGUGCUAUACGGGUGCGCGGCCGGCCGAGCUGGUAGAUGGUGAGCGACAGAAGCCAAAGGACGGCUCCAUCCAAGAACUCUUUGGCCAGAGUGCAGUUCAGUCGUCCUCUUCGGAGAGCAGUGAAGAUCAGGAUGGCCCUACGGAUGAACAAUCCAAAGUGCUCCACAGUCUUCUCUGCCAAGAAACCGUGGGACGUGGGCGUCCCAAGGCCCUGUGCUACGAGGAUAUCCAGAUGAUGAUCGUUCGACACCCGGCCACUGGACGAUGCAUGCCAGCCAUGGCCAUCAAGUUCGUUCAUCAUAAAGGCGCUGACAACAAGCCCAAGCCUACCAUCUUCUACUUCACACCCACAAGAAAGCUGCUCUUCUGCGCUGUUUCCACGAUUCUUUCUCUCGCUCUCCACGACAAUGCAUUCGAUGCUCCGAGCUUGACAGAUGCAGCCGUCAUAUUCAGAUCACGGCCACCGCGCUUCAAGCACUGCAUCCCGCUCCGAUGGAAGAAGUCUAUGUUAAAGACCCCAGUCUUUCGCCGAUAUCGUGGCACGGAACUCUCAGCUGAUGAGGCGAUGCUGUACUCCAAGCUCAGAGAUGACAUAGGUCAGCAGAGCCUCGACUCGGGACAUGAAAGGAAAUGGACACCUCGCUUCGCUAGGAGAGGCGCUGGAAACGCAGCUAAUGGAGACGCACCCGACUCCGUCCGCGACCAGAUGAUGCGCCAAGAUCCCCGAUUUAUGACUUUUCAAAGUGCGUACCUCAACGAGAUUGCGAAUUUCGACCUCCAAAACGCGUUCCUAGAAGAAGAGAAGGAGAGCCAGCUGUUCCGGCUGUUCGCACACGUCAGCCUUAUGCGCGAUCCUCGAGCUACGGCAGACAUGGUGCCCGACGAGGUCUGGGCUAACCUGGCACCAGACCCGGAAAUUGUCGAGCUCGAGGAACAGCGUGCACGAUUGAAGCAGGGCAAUUAUCGCAUCGAAGGUCAUGGGAAUGAGGAAGAAAUCCGACGGCUCACCAACAAAAUCCGCACGAAGAGAGCGUACCGCGAAAGGCAGGUCGUUAAAGAAUACCGCGAGGAUUAUUUCUACCACCGUCCCACUUGGGACAUUGAGCAGCAGGCACGGGGCGAGGAAGAGGAGGAGUACACAGAACCUGUCAUCGAUGUGCAUAUACCAGAACGCGACCGGCUAGCAAAUAUUCUUUGUCAUCAGCCGGAUGGCCUGACAGAGGAUCAGGUUCUCGAGCGAAGGAUCGAAGCAAUCCAACUCAUGGUGGCUCUGUGCGACAAACGCGAGACGGCCAAGCGCCAUCGCGUCCAGCAAAAUGUCAGGGCUCAACCGCACAUCAAAAUCGAACCUACCGAAGCGAGCAGUGAGCCUUCACCUAGUGUCAACCAGUUUCCUCUCCUCAUGCAACCCGGACAAUGCCCGGACUGCAUCGGUGACGAGCGGCUCUCUCUCGGAGAACGUACCUUUGCGUACUGCCGUCCGACCGUCAGGAACGACCACUUCGAUGACCAGCACUUGAUCGAGCGCGAGAGGGCACUGCAACGUGGCGAGAAGAUGGUGUGUACACACCCUACUUGUCGCACCCAAAACCAAGGUCAAAAUCUCGAAUUUCAUACCAUGGACCAUUUUCGGGCCCAUGUGCAGACGAUUCAUCGUGUGACGCUACGAUCAUCGUGCCAAGUGGAGCAAAGGCGGUUGCGCAAGCUCAGGCGUCGGAAGAUGGUUAAAGAAUAACCAGCAUGACAAGUUGGGAGCAAUAGAUACAGUCAAUCACAGUGAAAGAUAGAAAGUUAGGGUAGCUCAAUUCAAUCUGGUUGAACCCUA